AUGCGCCUCCUCAAUACAUUGUCCAACGCUCGUUGCCGUCUGUUGAGCUGUCGCAUUGUUGCUGCCUCUGCCUUGGUGGCGCCACAAACCUCCAAACUCACCUACCUACCCCAGCUUGAAACACCGAAAAACAAUCAGCCACUAAACCAGACCCCGGCAGCCACUCCGCAUCUCAGUGGACACACGCAUCAUACCACGCUGGCAGUGUUUCACCCCCGCGUUCGCAGACCAUUUAAUAACCUGCUCAAGCUGCCGUCAACUGCUGAUCCAUCCACCACCCCAUUGGAUCAAGCCAAACGAGCGGCCCCGACCAAGCCCAUUCUCCACCUGCCUCCCAAGGACGACCAACAAGCUAGCCAACCACCCGCAAAGGACAGCCCGAGCCACCCGCCCUCCUCGGCCCUCUCUCUGUUCCAUUCCCAGCCCUGUUCAACCGAGCUGGCGAAGGAGGAGGACGACAUACUGCCGGAGUACCUCCACUCGGAAGGCCUCCCCGCCUUGACCAGCAAGCCAGCAGACAAAAAACAUGCCGUUGUCAGCACCUUUGACCUCUUCUCCAUCGGCAUCGGGCCCUCCUCCUCACACACCGUCGGGCCAAUGAGGGCCGCUAAAAUCUUCACUAACGACCUCAAGGAGGCCGGCGUCCUGGAUCGCGUCAAAACUCUCAAAGUCGCACUCUACGGCAGUUUGGCAGCCACUGGCAAAGGGCACUUGUCGCUGGAAGCGUUGAUUGCCGGCUUCGAGGGCCACAGCUGCGAGACCGUUGACAAGGCCUCAAUCCCGACCCGCUACCGCUCGGUGUGCAAGAACAAGUCGAUCAACCUCGGGCUCGCCCUUGACCCUGACGCCAUCGGCCAUCCCGUCCAGAUGUUGUUCUCAGUGUACGACGUCAAAGGCAAUCUGAUCGCCAACAACACCUAUUUCUCGAUCAGCGGGGGAUUCGUAGUGAACACAGAGACACAGUUCUCGGGGGAGAACCUGUACUACAAGCAGAUUGACAAGCGGAAGGCCUCGUCCAGCCGGCUCGACCCUUUCAAACAGCUCCAGCCGCUCGUCGACUCGCUCCCGCUCAGCAGCCAGCUCACCAGUGUACUCCCAUCCAUUGAUCCCCCUCCAAAGGAGGGACCUCCGUUCCCCUUCCAUAACUGCGAUAGUCUCUUGGAACUCACUCGCAAACAUAACCUAACAAUCGCCCAAAUCGUGUAUGUACAACAACGAACGCAAGUUCUUCUUUGA